GCGGGAAGUGAACAUGGCGGGUUGAAAAUGGUCCCUGUAUUCUCAUUUUUUAUUCUUACAGCCUUAGGUGACGUGGAAAGGUCAAUGGACAAAUAUUUUAACUUAAAAAAGGGCAACAGUGGAUGCAAUUUUCAACAAGAACUUCAAACCUACACAAUUUCAAGUUUUGGAUCAUCGUUUCGAUGGAUUGACAAAUCUCCUCUAUAAACUUAACUACGCUAUUUUAACAGUGGCAAACUCUUUGGACAAGACUUGAAAUGCUGUCAAUACGAUAUAGAGGGACUAUUAUAAGAACCUCCGCAUUUAAAUUACUGUUUUUGGGAGUAAUAACAGUGAGCAUGGUAAUGCUUAUGCGUCUCCAAGGAUUGUUUUUAGCAAUGCCUGUGACAAAUGAUAAACAACUUGAUACCAGCAGGACUAUAUUUCCACAUCAAAAACAUCAAGUAGAAUCGAAUUUUGUCAUAUWUACACCAGUGCUACGGAGUGCAAAAGUUUUAACAGAAAGAACUAAAGAAUUUAUUCGAACUAAGUCGGCUUACAUCGCUCCUACCCCAGUUUUACAAGCUACAGAAAGUACAGUCAAUAAUGUUGGUGAAAUUCGCGAAUUCGUUCGUCAAUUAAACCAUCAACAGCGAAUCAGAAAUAUAGAAAGAUAUCCCAAUCCUUUAUCGGUUAAUUCUAUGGUUAUUAUAAUACAAGUUCACAGUAGAGCUGAUUAUUUUGCUCAUCUGUUGAGAUCUUUGAGUAAAGCGAGAGGAAUCGAAGAAUCUCUGUUAGUUAUCAGCCAUGACUUCUAUGACGAACAUAUCAACCRGUUAGUGGAUUCUAUUCAAUUCUGUAAGGUUAUUCAAAUUUUCUUUCCAUAUUCCAUGCAAUUAUAUCCAAACAAAUUUCCAGGAACAGACCCUGCUGAUUGCCCAAGAGAUAUCUCCAARCAGAGGGCCAUAGAGAUUGGGUGUAUUAAUGCAGAGCAUCCUGAUAAAUAUGGUCAUUUUAGAGAAGCCAAGUUCACUAUGACCAAACACCAUUGGUGGUGGAAGGCCAACACUGUGUUUGAUGGUCUUAAUAUUACAAAUGAUUACCAUGGUCCAGUGUUAUUCCUAGAAGAGGAUCAUUAUGUUUCACCUGAUUUCUACCAUGUAUUGAGACUAAUGUACGAUACAAAGAAAACGGAUAGCAGUUGUGUUGAUGGCUGUGAUAUUAUGACUCUAGGUACAUAUAAUGUACCACCAAACUACAAAGUAUCAGGAGAAAAUACAGUGGAACUGACUCCAUGGAAAUCUGUCCGUCAUAACAUGGGCAUGGCAUUUGACAGGAAAACCUGGAACAGGAUCAAGGACUGCAAACAGAUUUUCUGUGAAUACGAUGAUUAUAAUUGGGACUGGACGCUAAUGAAGAUCAGCCUUAGUUGUGCACAAAAGAAAUUUAACGCCCUUGUAAUGAAAACACCUCGUGUGUUUCACAUUGGAGAAUGUGGGAUGCAUCAUAAAAAGGAUUGCAAUCCAAAGCAAGCCACAGUCAAAGUCGAUGGAAUUAUCAACGAUAAUGAGAAUAGUUUAUUCCCGUCAUCACUACAAGUCGAACAAAAACCACUGUCAGUAACAAUAGGGAACUCCAAUGGUGGCUGGGGAGACACUAGAGAYCAUGAACUGUGCCUGCAAGCCGUCGUCACUUAGUCAUAUGACAAGAACCAGUAAAACGGAACUAGUAAAACGGGUACCCUGUUGCGAAUCGAACAACUUUUUGAUUGGCCAAAAACCCGGUGAAAACACACAUACAUCUAGAGUAGAUGAGUAAGAUGGGUACCCUGUGGCGAAGCGGCCCUCUUGUCGAUUGACCAAAAUUCCGGGGAAAACACGCAUACGUCUAGACUAGUUAGCUUGUAGAUAAGUAAGAUGGGCACACUGUGGUGAAUCGAUCUUCAUUUCGAUUGGCCAAAAACCGGGGGAAACGCAUAGAGUACAUACAGAUUUGUAGUCUAUUCAUUUGUGGAGAGCCUAGUUAGCGGUAGCUUAUUAUAAUGGUUACCCUGUGGUGACUCGACCAACUUGUCGGAUGUUGCAGAACCCUUAGAAAAAUACGAGUAUUUGGCAUCGUGUAUGAUUAGGGUUUUUUAUUACAUCAAAGGAGUUUUCCUUUAAACUAGUCUCAAGUUUGCAGUUACCUUAAUGCGGAACUUUCCCCGAAGUCGAGUGUGCUUUUCUCAGUCUCUUUCAUAUGGAGUAAUGCCCAACUAGUGAGUUGAUUUAGGUAAUUYAGGUGAAUUCGCUCUGUAGGUAUUCAGCCAAGCGAUACCUUGGUCGCCGCUCUGUUUUAAAAACAGUGCAGGCCAAAAAUAGAAUACGGAAUCAUCAAAUUUAAUAUUUUGUAGUUUUGACACGUUAUUUGAUGGAGCAAUAUUGGAUUGUGUUUUAGCUCCGUCCGACAUUUUUUCAAAGACCAUUUCUUUUGUUGGCUUCAUUAAUGAUUUUUGCGAUCCUCAUCGUGCUCCAGCUCUCAUUUAACAAGAAAGUGCGGUUGUCUAAUUGAAUUUCUUGUAAAAAGAAGURUAGCUUUAGAAAACUUUAUUGACAGCCUAAUAGCCGACCUGCGAAUUACGCAUCAAUAUAGUCACAUACAAAGGAAUCAAGACGAGGCGCCGUGCUAAAGACAAUAGAUUUUCACAAAAAAAGCACGGCGCCUCGUCUUGAUUCCUUUGUAUGUGACUAUUGAUGCGUAAUUCGCAAGUCGGCUAUUUCAUUCGUGAUUGUUGGCACAGGAAACCCAACAUGCACAUGAAUGAUUAUCCGAGAACCAUUGCGGUCGUUUGUUUUGUUUAGAAAUGUAAAAGUUUGUAUAGAUGUAAAAACAAUCGUGCUAAGCUCCUCAGAUGCAUGUAGGCCUUUACAUGGAAGUCUCUUAUUUAAAGGCAGGCUACACAUACUUGCUUGAAAUACA